AUGAAGAAUCUCGUCUUGGAAUCCUACAGCGGAAAGACGGAUCCGAAGGAUCACCUCCUAUGUUUCAACAUGAAGAUGGUGAUCAGUGCGGCUUCGGACGCAGUGAAGUGCCGGAUGUUUCCGUCAACGUUCAAAGGAACAACAAUGGAAUGGUUCAUUACUCUGCCUCGUGGAUUUAUCACAAACUUCCGUGAAUUCUCCUCAAAAUUUCUUGUUCAGUUUUCCGCGAGCAAGCUCAAGCAGAUCACGAUUGAUGACCUGUACAACGUUCGCCAGAUGGAAGGAGAGACUAUAAAGCAGUAUGUGGCAAGGUACAACGCAGCGUCUGUCAAGAUCGAGGAAUUAGAGUCGCACGCUUAUGCGAGAGCCUUCAAGAACGGACUGUUACCUGGAAUGCUGAACAACAAGCUAAGUAGGAAACCAGCUCAUUCCAUGGCGGAGAUUCGUGCGCGAGCAAACACCUACAUUUUAGACGAGGAGGAUGACGCGUUCAAUAGAAAGCGCGCGAAGAAGGAGAAAUAUGGCGGACAAGUGAAGGAGACAAAUAUGAAGAAGGACGGGCAAGGACGAGAAAAAGGUGAAAGCAGCAAGUGA